GUCACACUGAGCGCGACCAAAAUAAAUAAAUAUUAGGCAAACAAAAGAACGAAAUUUCCUUAAAAAAAAGGAAACUUUUGAUAAACGUUAAGUGUUUGCCCCCACACAGCCAUAGCCUGUUGGAAUGUUUUGCUGCCUACGCACGUGCCUCAAUGGCGGACAACUGAGGAAACCAAUGACAGCUGCCAGUCGACUGCGGGAGCCCGACGUGCACUUGGAUGCGGCACAUAUGGGUCCCGAUGUCAUACUGCUCUCCCAUCAGCUGAGGGUCACAGGCACUGGCGGCGUUCUGGCCACAGCGCCGCUCGUCCAAUCCAAAUCCUACUUUGAGGUGAAAAUUCAGCAGAGCGGCAGCUGGUCCAUUGGCCUGGCCACACGCCAAACGGACUUGAGUCGCAAAAAUGGUGGCGCUGAUCGGGAGUCCUGGUGCCUGUGCUCCGACAAUGCCACACGGCACAACGAUGAGGAAUUUCGACCCGUGGUGGCUGCCUGCACGACACAGCCGCCAACGGGUGGCAUCACCAAGACCAGCGUAAAUGGCAUUCUAAACAACAGUGCAGCCGCUGCAGCUGGUCUCAUUUCCAUUGAGGAUCUGCAGCAGGAGGACUUGCUAAUGACCACGGGCGUGGAGGCGCCACCAAAUGUGAGCAUUGGUGGGGCAACAUUGAUCGGUGCGCCACAGCGUGACUUUCCCGACGAGGGCGACAUUGUGGGCGUCGCAUUUGAUCAUGUCGAACUGAAUUUCUAUUUCAAUGGCAAAAACCUCGAAGUGCCAUUCCGAAAUGUGCGCGGAUCGGCGCUGUUUCCUGUCAUUUAUGUGGGCAACGGCGCCAUUUUGGACAUCGUUUUGGAUAACUUUACGCAUGGUCCACCGCCUGGCUUUGAGCGCAUUCUGCUGGAGCAGUCGCUACUUUAGAUAGUCGCGUGGAAAACAAAUUAAUAACCAAAAUGACAGCUAGUUAAAGUGCAUUUCAGAACUAUAGGAUAGGUGGAGCGGAAGAGCGAGUUAGAAAGUGAAAGUUGAGCAUGGAAGAUGAGCCUUUGAGCGCCUUUAAAUGCCAUUUAAAUAGCCAUAUAAAUGAUGCAGCUUGAGUUGAAUUUUAGCGCCGAACUGGUGCAAGAUUUGGCAAUAAUUUGGAAUGUUAAGCAAAGAGCAAAGGUUGAACUUUUAGUAGAACUUUCAAAGUGUACAAGUUUUCGAAUUUCGUUAGAAUUUCAACCGUGUAAAUGUAGCUUUUUGGUGUGAGGCAGCUGCAAGAGCAGAAUUUUAGGCAUUAGCUCUAAAAACGAGCUAUUCUUUGGCAUUUUGUGCUCUUAUCAUUCCCUUUUUUAAUGCAAAAAAGUGUUCCACUUGUUCUAUUUACUUUCCAUAACCAUGUUAGAGGCCUGCAGCUAUCAAUUUAGGCCGAGUUCCACUUGUAUUACCACUCUAUUUACAACUAUCUGUAAUCCCAUAGCUAUCUAUCUGUCAGCACCUAUCUACAUCUAUCUCUAACUAUCUAUCCACACCUAUCUAUCUUUAUCUAUUGCAUGGCACAUUGAUUAGACAUUCAUAUCUAGUCCAUAAAUGCCAAGUGCAUGUCCAAGUUAACCCAAAAAUACUUGCAGUUUGUCAGAAAACUGUUUCUAGUCCCUAAAGAAAUAUUUUAAGCAGCAACUUUGCAGCUUAAACGAAUCACAAAUGUUCCAUGUUUUAGCUUAAGCUUUAAUAUACCCCACAAAUCGAUCAAUUCUAUACUUAAAACUACUUAAAACUUACAAUAAUUCCAUGUUGAAGCGUUUAAUUUGCUGAAAAUUUCAGCUACAAUUUGAACAUGCCUAAAAAUUAUACCCCAAACAGCUGCCAGCCUUCCUGUAGCAUAUUUUCCUUAGGUAAAAGCAUUUGAAAUUCCCCUCCUCUGUCUAUCUUAUAGUUCUGAAAAUCACACGCCAUUCCUAACCAACUUCAAGUGUAUAAAAUGUGCAGCGUAAAACCCUUCUAGUCCUCGAACAAACAACCCAAACAAAGGAACAAAAGAAAUCUACUUAAAAAAUAGGGAGAAAAGAAAUCUAUUUAAAAAAAGAGAACAAAAGAAAUCUACUUAAAAAAUGAUUGUAUUAUUAUUUGUAAUUUGUGUUUUGUAAAUUAUUUAUGUACCGCGAUGACUGCUUUGUAUUAUACACACACACAUACAACUAUAUGUAACGAUAUAUAUAAAUAUUUAUUCCUUUAUUGGGAGCUCUCUAAACUCUCUUAAAGUUUCAACACAUUCCAAAUGGUCCAAUUGCUGGCUCCCAACCCACUCUCUCUCUCUCUGUCUUACUUAAUCGAGCACGGAAAUACCUAACUAACUUUAAGUACUAAAUCUAUAAUCUAUGAUCUAUAACUAAAAAUGAUAUCUAAAUGUAUUCAACGCUUUGAAAGAACAAAAAAAAAAGGAAAACUGAUUAAUCCGCGCGCGGACAAUAAAUCGAUGUUACGUA